AUGCUUGAUCCAACUGCUUGCAAAGAGUUGAAGGAUAGACAUGAUCAAUGCUUUUAUAAAUGGUACAGCAACAGUUUCUUGAAAGGUACUGGUUCCGCUGAGUGUCAAGAGGAAUGGGAAGAGUAUCAAGUUUGUAUAAAGGAUAAACUAAAGGCAUGGAAUCUAGAGUAUCUUGUACAAGCACAUGAGAAACAGCAGGAGAAGGCUCAGAAUAAGAAGUAA